GUUACUUACUUAGUUAUUCGCAUAAUCUCCGUACGAGUCUCUGUAGUGGUUUUUCCACUCAUCUUCUCUACGGCGCAUCAGCUUCGGCUAUGAAGUAUUCCAUUCUAAGCGCCUGUUCUCAAUCAUCCUUUACUUCUGGCGCCUAUCGCGCUAUCCAGACUGCCUUCUCGUCCCCGCGAUUCCCGACCUCCCUUCGCGCCGCUCCAUUCCCUCGGUUUCCUCCUCCUCGUGUGCCACAUCCCCAGUUCCGACGAGCCAUGACGACCGCCAAUACCCAGUCACCGCGGGACCCGCGACCAGUGUUCUUCUUUGACAUUGACAACUGCUUGUACUCCCGAGGAUGCAACAUUCACGAUGAGAUGCAAAAACUGAUCAACGACUUCUUCAUCAAACACCUCUCCCUCUCCACCGAGGACGCGCACCACCUGCACAUGAAAUACUACAAGGAAUACGGGCUCGCGAUCGAGGGCCUCACGCGGCACCACAAGAUCGACCCGCUGGAGUUCAACCGCGAAGUCGACGACGCGCUGCCGCUGGACGAGAUCCUGAAGCCCGAUCCGCAGCUGCGGCGGCUGCUCGCGGACAUCGAUCGCAGCAAGGUGCGGCUGUGGCUGCUGACGAAUGCCUACGUGACCCACGCCAAGCGCGUGGUGCGUUUGCUCCAGGUGGAGGAUCUGUUCGAGGGCGUCACCUUCUGCGAUUACUCGCAGACGCCCCUGGUGUGCAAGCCCAGCCAGGAGAUGUACGAGAAGGCCGAGCAAGAGGCUGGGGCGUCGAGGCGGGAGGAGUGUUAUUUUGUUGAUGAUUCCGGCUUGAACUGCAAACACGCCGCCGAGCGCGGCUGGGCUGUGGCCCAUCUCGUGGAGCCGGGACUCCCCGCGCCGCAGGAGCCGGCGUCGCAGUUCCAGAUUUCGAGUCUCGAGGAGUUGAGGACUUGUUUCCCUCAUUUGUUCAAGUCGACCUCGUGAGGUGUGCGGUACGGUGGGUAUACUCUAGUUGCAUUUUUUUUUCUUGUCUGUUUAUAGUAUAGACUUUGAUUGAGACAGCCUCCGCGGCUCUUGCAUGGACCUGAAGACUUUAUGAGGAAUAUGAGUGACCCUUAGAAGAUGAUGGUACUUGGUCUGGGGGUAACCACAUUUACGCGAUAGAAUUUGUGGGAUUCAAGACUGGUC